AUGUCGAAUUCUAUUCCUCUUGGUCGGUAUCUAUGGACGAGAAUACACCAACAAGGUUGCAAGAGCAUCAUGGGGCUUCCCGGUGACAUGAACCUCGAACUAUUGGAUUACAUUAAUGAUGUCAACGGACUGAACUGGGUUGGCAACACAAAUGAAUUAAAUGCUGCAUAUGCUGCAGACGGCUAUGCCCGGGUGAAGAAUUGUCCCGGUGUCAUCGUAACGACCAUGGGGGUGGGGGAGUUGAGUGCCCUCAAUGGCGUUGCCGGGGCUUAUACAGAGCAAGUCAAACUUAUCCACAUCGUUGGGACGACAUCAACUGAGGUGCAAAAGAAACGUCUGAUGAUUCACCACUGCCUUGGACCGGAUCCAGACCAUAGAGUGUACGAAAAGAUCUCUGAAAAUGUUCGGUGCACCCAUGCAUGGCUUGAUAAUGCAGAGACAGCGGCAACAGAGAUCGACCGAGUCGUCUCGGAAUGCUGGAUUAGGUCACUGCCUGUGUAUAUAUUCGUGCCGAUGAACUUCGUCCAUACCCCGCUUCCUCUGGGUCGCCUCAACAGACCUUUGAAAAUAACUUUGCCAGUGAAUGUGGCAAAUGAGCAAAACGCUGUGAAGAAUAUCAUACAAAAGAUCGUGUCUGCUAAAAAUCCGGUGGUCCUGGUCGAUUGCCUCGCGGCCCGUCAUGAAGCUGGAGUCGAGACAAGGCAGUUGGUCAAUACGCUUGAUUUCCCCACAUUUGCGACUUCGAUGGGGAAGUCAAUUGUCAACGAGACGCACCCGAGGUUCUGUGGCAUCUACAAUGGGGAGGUAUCGUAUCCGGGGGUGAAGUUGGCAGUAGAAAGAAGCGACUGCAUAAUCAACAUUGGUCCUCUGCUGGCAGACAGCAAUACUGGUGGCCAUACGCGAGGUAUCCUGCCAGAACAGGUGGUAUUGAUCGAGCCUGAUACCUGUACCGUAAGUCGCGAGGAAGUGCUGCGAAAGCUGCUCGUCGCUGUUCGUGAAAUGCGACUUCCUGUGACCACGAACCCGGCUCUGCCGCCUCAGCCAGACGCUGCUGAUGCACACUCCAAUGCUAUCACCCAGUCAUGGAUAUGGAAGCGACUUGGAAAUUUCACCCGAGCCGGCGACAUUCUGAUCGCGGAAUCAGGAACAGCCCAAUUCGGUUUCCCUGACGCAGACCUGGCAGCGGAUGCUCGAUACGUUACGCAGGUUUACUACGGCAGCAUUGGCUACACUGUCGGGGCCUGUCUGGGUGCAGCGAUUGCACAGAGAGAAAUUCAAGCCCAGGGCGGAAUGAACGGCGGACGAACAAUUCUCGUCGUGGGCGACGGCAGCUUGCAACUAACCGUGCAGGAGAUCAGCACGAUGAUUAGAAUGGGCCUACACCCACUAAUUUUGAUUAUCAACAACGACGGCUAUACAAUUGAGCGGGCUAUUCAUGGGGCUGAAGAGGAGUACAAUGGCAUUGAUCCCUGGCGCUUCCAGAAAUUGCUAGAUUUCUUCGGCGCCCAGAACAGCGAAGCCUCCAGCCAUCUAGUGACGACGAAGGAAGAAUUGGAACACGUUCUUGCUCUGCCAGAAUACGAGUCCCCGACCACUAUACAGCUUCUGGAAAUCCGUAUGGAUCAAAUGGAUAUUCCAUGGAGAUUGAGAGACCAAAUCGCCAUUGUGAACGCCCGGAUCCAAUCACAGAAGGCAAAGCAGUCAAAGCAAGCUCAGCUGAAAGAGAGAAUAGAAGGACUUGAGGAUGAUAAGUGUUUCGAGCGAUGCGUUCUAAAAGAAAACACUUUGAAAACAGUUUCCAACAUCCCAUCGGAACUUCUCAAGUUUUAA